AUGUCCAACAAAAAAGCUCCUGGAGAAUCAAAUAUACCAUACGAAUUUUGGAAAUACCUAGACAAUAGCCACUUAACAGAACUAUGUUCACUAUUUAACAAGAUUCUAGAUACCAAACAAAUACCAAAAGACUGGAACCAUAGCAAUAC